UCUAGUACUCUAUUUGCGGAAUUUUGGGUGACCGUAUGUUAUUUUAAAUAAAAAGAAUCGUCAUUUUACGCAAUACCUACGCAUAAUUACUCCUACUUUGUCAUCGUCAUGCCACAUGACAUUGUAUUGUAAUCCUGUAUAACAUAAUUAUGUCUCAGGAAGAGAAUGUGGAUGUAAAUAAAGCUUUUGAGGACUUAUUAUUCGCGGAAGAAAUCGCACAAAAAUCAGCCUAUGAGGAAGGCUACAAAAGUGGCAAAGAAGAACUGUUAAAAGGAUAUCAUCUUGGGUAUCACAGAGCUAGUAUAAUCGCUGCUCAAUUAGGAUAUUACAGCGGAGUCUUGGAGCAAUAUCUACAGAAUAAUGACAAUACCUGUGAAAAAACGGUAGCAUUAGCUAAAAAACUUUUGGAAGAUAUACGUAAUACUUUUCCUGAGCAUCAAGACGAUAACUUGGACAUUCUGAAAGCUGUAGAAGACAUUAAAUUCAAAUAUGCCAAAUUCUGUUCAUUAGCAAAAAUUAAUCCACUGUAUCCUGAAGCAGAUAAACUUGAGUUUUGAUACAACAAUAAUG